AAAAGCCAUUAUAUUUCCCCCUUCUGAGUUUCCCUAUUUAUAAUCAUCCUCUAUCUUGGCCCCAUCGCGCGGCUCAGCUUUCCAGAUUUCCUCCGGCGAGAGAGAGGAACCAGUAGUAAAACACAAGAUACAUAGAUGCUACGACUGUGCUAGUGAGCUGUGAGAUCGAGAGAACACACUCUCCAGCAGCACGGCAACAUGUCUUGCAUAGGUUCCUCUUGCACCGCAACCAACAAGGGAAAGGAGACUGUGGUGGAGGUGCAUGGAGCGGUGGCGGAGGAGAAGCAGCAGGUGAGGAACGGAGAGGAGACUGCAGCGGAGGACGACUCCGGUGGGUCGGAUCCGGAUUCGGACUCUGAAUCGGAUUUAGAUUCGGAGUCGGACUGGGACUCGUAUUCGGAAGAGGAAGAGGAGCGACAGCAGCAGAGAAAGAAAAAGGAGAAACCCAAAAACAAGAAGAAGAAGAAGAAGCAGCGGCGGCGGCAACAGCAGCAGCAGCCGGCAUGGCUGAUCACACUGCUGAGAACCAGGUUCUGGGAGCCAUGCAAGGAGCACGUGUCGAAGAACAGGGCGGAGCAGUGCAUGUUCUGCCUCAAGUGCUGCAAGGUGACCUGCCCCCGCUGCACCCACGACCUGCCUGGCCACCGCCUCCUCAAGAUCCGCCGCUACGUCUACCGCUCCGUCGUCCACGCUUCCGAUAUGCAGGCGCUCGGCGUCGACGUCUCCAGGAUCCAGGCAUAUGUUGUCAAUGCAAAGAAGGUGCUGCACCUGAGGCCCAUGAGCAGGUCCAAGCAUUUCAGGCCUCAGGCAGGGACGCCGCGCUGCGUGACCUGCAGAACCUGGCUCCGUAGCGCGCCCAACCUGUUCUGCUCUCUUGCCUGCCAGGGGAAUGUUGAUGUAGCGCAAGACGACUUCUCGGGGCCCGAAGCUGAGGUCCGCUACAGGAGCCUCCAAGUGCAGAUGGCUGAACCAUCAGGGGCUGCAGCCGAUGAGCUGCCUGGCCCUGAAGCUGCGCACGAGGUGCCUGCGCAGGUUCCGCCGCCGCCGCCGCCGGCCGCAAAUCAGAACGCGUCGCUCCGCAGGCGGCCGCGCAAGCAGGCGGCGCCGGAGAGGGCGCCGUUCUUCUGAAGACGUGCCUGCUCGCUGCUGGAUGAGAGAGGUGCGCAUGCCCCCAAUAAAAGAUGUCGAGCCUGCAUGCGUAGAACCUAGCUAGAGGUAGCCGUGGAGACUGGCUGGCUAGGUGCGAUCCGACUCAGUUUCAAUAAUUGUCAUUCUGGUUGUUGUUUGGCAUAAAACUUCAUGGCUAGACUUUUUUUAAAAAAAAUUCGCAGACACCUUUCUUUUGAAUUCCCAAGUCUACUCUUGCUGUUUGCAAGUCUAGACGAACCGUGCAUGGAGCUUAUUACAAUUUUCUUUAUCUGA